AAUAAUCAGUAAAACACAAAAUAAAAAUAAAAUAAAAAUAAAAUUAAAAUAAUACAACAUGAAAAAAAAAAGUAUUAAACAUACCAUAUACAUAACCUCAACAAGAAAUAAAAAAUAAAAAAUCCAUGCAUAUAUAAUAUAAAUAUGGGUUGCAACAUGAAAACAUUAACCACCAAUUUCUGAUCAUCACUUUUCCAACAUGGAAGUCCUCCUCUUCCUCCAGAAACUCCUCCUCAGCCUCCUCGCCGCGGCGGCCACGGCAGUUGCCAUAUCGAAGGUCCGGCGGCGGCGCCUGAACCUCCCGCCCGGGCCGUUGAGCCUCCCGAUAUUCGGCAGCUGGCUCCAAAUCGGCAACAGCUUCGACCACCACGACUUCGUGGCCCUGGGGAAGAAGUUCGGCGACGUGUUCCUCCUCCGCAUGGGGCAGCGCGACAUCUCGGUGGUGUCGUCGCCGGAGCUGGCGAAGGAGGUGCUGGUGACGCAGGGGAAGGAGUUCGGGUCGCGUUCGAGAAACAUCGUGUUCGACAUCUUCACGGGGAAGGGGCAGGACAUGAUCUUCACCGAAUACGGCGACCACUGGCGGAAGAUGCGGCGGAUCGUCACCGUCCCCUUCUUCACCAACAAGGUCGUGCAACACUACAGCGCCGACUGGGAGGCGGAGGCCGCGGCCGUGGUGGCCGACGUGCGGGGGAACCCGGCGGCCGCGGCGGAGGGGGUGGUGCUGCGGCGGAGGCUGGAGCUCAUGGUGUAUAACAAUGUGUAUAAGAUCAUGUUUGACAGGAAGUUUGAGAGCGAGGAAGAUCCAUCUUAUGUGAAGCUCAAGAGUGUGAAUGCUGAGAGGAGCAGAUUGGGUCAGAGUCUCAACUAUAAUUUUGGUGAUUUCAUCCCAAUUUUGAGGCCCUUUUUGAGAGGCUAUUUGAAGAUAUGCAGGGAGGUCACUAGGAGGAGGUUGGACCUAUAUAAACACACUUUUCUAAAACAGAGAAAGAAUCUUGUAUCCACGACAACGAUAGACAAGAAUGGGUUGAAAUGUGGGGUUGAUCACUUUCUCGAAGCUCAACACAAUGGAGAGAUCAAUGAAGACAAUCUCCUAUACAUUGUUGAGAACAUGAAUGUUGCCGCAAUCGAGACGACUGUUUGGGCACUUGAAUGGACCAUUGCGGAACUCAUCAACUACCCUCAAAUCCAAGAAAAAGUUCGGGCCGAGAUCCGUACGGUCCUCGGCCCGGAACAACAAGUGAGCGAGUCGGAUACUAACAAACUCCCAUAUCUCCAAGCCGUGAUCAAAGAAACUCUUCGUCGUAGAAUGGUGGUUCCAUGUCUACUCCCUCACAUGAACCUCCACCAAGCCAAGCUCGGAGGGUUCGACAUCCCGGCCCAGAGCCGAGUCCUGGUCAACGCGUGGUGGCUGGCCAACAACCCGGCCCAUUGGAACAAGCCCGAAGAAUUUAGGCCCGAGAGAUUCUUGGAAGAGGAAUCUAGGGUUGAGGCCACCGGCAAUGACUUCAAAUACAUCCCAUUUGGAGUGGGUCGCCGGAGCUGCCCGGGAAUCGUCCUCGCCAUGCCUGUUUUGAGCAUCACUUUGGGCAGGCUCGUGCAGAAUUUCGAGCUUCUGCCACCGCCCGGGCAGUCCAAGAUCGACACCGCUGAGAACAACGGGCAGUUUGCUGCCCGGAUGUUGAAUCAUUACACGGUCGUCAUGAAGCCAAUCAACUAAUGCUUUGAGGCCUUAUUUGUUUGAAUAAGGUACAUGCAUGCAUAAUAACGAUUUACACGGCUUCUCUAUUUUCUAAAAUUGGGUUUUUAUCUUGGAAUGCGAUUUCCGAAUUUUAUUUUCCUUUUUUUCGUUUUCAUGAGAUACAUGCGGUAUCUUAUACGAAAUUACUAUAUCAAUAUAAAAAGUGAUGUGCUAUUAAAAGUAGAUGACGUUUGAAAUGUAAUAAUACAACUUAAACUUAUGUACCAGUUUUAGGAUUGGAAUCAUGAGGUGGGACAUUUUAAUUUGUCUUUGAGAAGAUUAAUUGUUCCAACCAUGUGCAAUGCGAUAUAGAUUGAAGGGUUGGAACACGAAUACAGCUGUAUAUCGAUUUUAUUUUCGUAGUUCUAAUCAAGAUGUCAACAAAAUGAUACUCCUAUGAAGUAUGAACCUUGCACACUAUGAACGUAAACACUUUAUUUUUUUUUGAAGGUAAAGACGAUUCAUAUAUUAAUGCAAAUCAGAAUCAACAACGUUUAGUAGCCAAUUAGAAAAAUCAACCUUCCAAACAACAUCAUCAGAAGACAAUGAAAAACGAGCAAGCUCGUGAGCAGCUUGAUUGACUACUUGAAUUACUAGUACUACUCUCAUAUUUAUGAAUAUUGAAAUUAAGCAUGUCUUUCAAUGCAACUUAAAUUUUUUUGACGACGAAGAAUACGACUCACUAAAUGGAGUAUUUAAUAAAGGUGAAUUAUUGAAUUAUUUUGUAAGAAACUAACGGUCAGGUGAAAUAAAAAAUUGUUAUUUUAAUACUAUGAUGGAUUUCACUUCUUAUUAAAUGUUUCAAUACAAUUUGCUUCAAAUUACUCUGUGGAAAUAUUAAAUUACUAUCAAAUUUAACAUAUUAAUGUUUCUGAAUGACAUGUUACUUCUAAAUUGAAAUUUGGAUACAGUUGACUUUCAGCCCAAAAUUAGAAAUUAUUAUAUGACGUCAAGUUACAUUUUAACUAAUAAACAUAAAUUUCAAAUUUUCUCAUCCAGAAAAUCAAAUAAUGAAGUAUCAAGAAAUUUUCCAGUUAACUAAAGUUACAGAAGAUUCAGAUCCCAAAACUAGGUCAAAGAAUAACCUGGAAAAAAACAAUUGAAAUAAACUGCUGUAAAUAUAAUUUGUUUAUAAAAUUCAAAAACUACAAUUGGAUACAAAAUUGCCAAUCUAAAAAACAAAAUCAAUGAAUAUAUACUUGGGUUAAAAAUUGCAAUUUAAGAAAUUCAAAAAUCAAACGAAGAAUUAUUUAGAAAAAAUUGUAGGUCUAAAACCAGGCCCCCAAGUCAUGAAGAGAAAUCGGAGGGGGCAGACAUGCCGACCUUGUAACAUCGCUCUCUGUGCACAUUACCAUGCUUCCUUCAUUAUUUUUCAAUCCAGAGCAUCGGCUUAUUGUACACAGAUCCAACCAAAAUUAAUAGCACAAGAAAAUGUUUGGGUGUGAAAGAAAAAUAUCAAAUUUAAAUAGAAAACAGAAAAACGAAACGAUGAAGAAAAUAUUCCCAAAUUAAAUUGUGAAGGCGGACAUUGCAGCUGCGAAGAGCUUGGAUAAUCUGAAUCU